AUAUACACCUGUAUAUAUAGUGUAUAAAUGUACAAGUCUACCUACGGUAUAAAUAUACAUGUAUACGCUACAUAUUCAUGUGUAUAUGUAGCAUGUAAUAUACACGUAUACAUAUACACAUGAAGUGGUCUCUGUCACAUUAACCAUGAUCAGCCCUCAUAAGUGUGUGUGUUCUGUAAAUGAAUUAAAGUGUGUGUGUGUGAGUGAGAGAGAGAGAGCUUGAGUGUGUGUGUGUGUGUGUGUGUGUGUGUGUGAAAGAGAGAGCUUGAGUGUGUGUUUGUGUGUGCGUGUGUGUGCAUGUGCGUGUGUGUGUGAGAGCGCUUGGGUGUAUGUGUGUGUCUGUGUGAGUGGCCCCCCAGGGUUUAAUGAACGAAGAGGUUCACUUGUGAGCUGAUUGAUCACUGACAGGGAGGAGGGAGUGUGUGUGUGUGUGUGUGUGUGUGUGUAUGUGAGAUGCUUUUACAGACAGUGUUUCAGUGUCUCUUGAUCAGAGCGAGAGAAGCAGCAGAGAGAGCGAGAACGAGAACAUGGACAUAUAGCAGGACUUUUAUUUUGAAGAGUUAUAAAAUAAAUCAAACCCAAGCUUUUUAUUUUAUUUUUCAACAUUUUUAUGAUGAUAACCAGAACAACAAUGUUAUCUCACCCCCUGAUGCUGCUGGUCCUCGUGGUUGGCAUGAUGAUGGUGGAUGGAGCGCGGGUCCUGAGCGUACCACGAGUGGCCACCAUGACAAAAUUGUCUUCAAGGCAGAGGGGGCGGAGCUCUAUCCAGUUCUUAUAAUACAUCCAUGGUCGCCACCUGAUGCAUACUUGGUAAAAUGGAGCGGGUUUGAGAACCGUACUCGCUGCUAACGGACUUGAGAAUUGGAACAAAACUUGGACUGAGGCUGAUGACGUUUUCACAAGUACAGGAGUACACACAAGUACGCACAAGUCAGAUGGUGUGUUCAGGUGGACCCGGUCGUCCCUGCUACAAAAUCGCAUAUUUCCACGACGUGUCGAGCCGUGUGGCUUUCAGGGAGGCGUGUCGAGCCUGCGAGAUGGACGGAGGCUCACUGCUCAGCAUCGAGAGCCCGGUGGAACAGAGGGACAUCGAGAACCUGCUGCAGGGGCUGCGUUCAGGAGCAGGGGGAGGAGCAAUAGCAGACGGAGAUUUCUGGAUCGGACUGACUCGGGUGGACGGAUUGGAUCAGACUCAUCCAGAACUCACCAACACAUUCACUUCCUGUCCGCAGCUGUACCAGUGGACAGACGGCAGUGCUGCCACCUUCAGGAACUGGUACUUUGAUGAGCCGUCCUGUGGAGGCGAGGCCUGUGUGGUCAUGUACCAUCAGCCCACUGCACUUCCUGGUCUGGGUGGGGCUUAUCUUUACCAAUGGAACGACGACCGCUGCAACAUGAAACACAACUUCAUCUGCAAAUACAAACCAGUGAGAGACACACCUGGUGGGCGGGGCACAGAGGUGACAGCAGGUGGAGGUGUGGUCAAACAGUCUGCAGGAGGUGAAGAGGUGCGGCCUCAGGUCACUGUAGCUGGAGGUUCAGGCAUGUUACUGGUCUACGUCAUCAUUCCCACAAUCCCCCUGCUGCUGCUCAUCCUGGUGGCUUCUGGGACAUGUUGUGUUCAGAUGUUCAGUCAAAGAAGAACGCCCCACACAAAGACGACCACCGACCGAUCAAACCUCUGGAUCUCCAAACCGUCCAAAGCCGACAGCAUCGAGGUCUGACUGAGUGAUGAUGACAUCACCUCGCAGCUUGGCUGUUUUCUUCUUU